UAUUUAUUAAUUAGUUAUCUGUUCAUCAAUUUACUGGAGUCAAACAAUUAACUUGAUCUCAAUACAAAUAAAGUGUCAAUUCAAAAUGGCGGCUGAAUCUCUAUGCCCUCAUCCUGCCGAGGCGCCUCUAGAGUAUAUUUAUCUAUGAAGUUUACAGCAACUAGCGUUACGUCGUUUGUACCUGCUUUACGGUACGACAGCCACCACGGUUUCCGGCCCAGGCUACGCUGUUGUGUUUACACUAAUUAGGAAGUUAGCUAGCGUAAAGCAGCACGCACGAUGCUUACGCGGAGAAAAUUCGCCCACCCCGCCAUCGUUUAAGCUGUCCCCCGUGGUUGGGGCUAUUGCUUGCCGGAUUUUGCCGGGCCACUCUUCCAUCAUGUCCAACGGUGCGGCUCUCCACAGCCAGAUCGGCUCCAUCAUUACCGCCUUGUGCAACGCCGCCGCGGCGCAGAUCACAAAAGUGGUGGAGGAUGGCAUGGUGGUACUGCGCCUGGAGGUGACCCAGAGGGAACACGAGAUCCGGCGGCUGAGGAGCAGUGUGGAAGUGCUGCACGGCGAACUGAGAGCCGCCCAUCGCGCGGCGGAGAGCCUGCGGGAAGCACAACAACAGCAGCAGCAGCAGCAUCAUCAGCAUCAGCAUCACCAUUCCCGAGUUGGAGACGAAGCCAAGAGGUCUGAAAAGCUCCAAAGUGACUUUCCCAAUGUUGAAGUGGCGGUGAAAUGUGAACCCGCAGAACAGACGGCAUGCGGUCAACCAGAACCAUCGGCGGAAAGACUCCGUGAAAACCAGAUGGACAUUCCAGCGGCCGUCAGGCAAACAGGAGCGGCUGGCCGCGGGCCACACCGCCAGCUGUACAGCAGCAUUCGGCGGCGGAUGGUCAACCGGCUGAUGUUCAAGCGAGGUUUCGCUUGCCCCUUCUGCGGGAAAUAUUUUGAGCAUUCGGGAAACCUGGAGCGGCACAAGAGGAUCCACACAGGAGAGAAGCCGUACCGCUGUGACAUCUGCGGGAGGCGCUUCAACCAGAAGUGCAGCCUCAAAGAGCACACCAAGAUCCACCAGAGAUGUCUUCAGUCAGCCCCAGCGGACACGCCACCCAGUCACGGGCGCCCACCAAAUCCUCCGAGCGCCGACAGCCGUCGUUCAUCAGAGGGAGACAUCACUUCUGCGGCGGAGGGCGUUUCCAGCAACCGUCCCGAAUCGUCCCGCACGCCAACGGUCAAGUCGGAGCCUGUUGAGGAGAGUGUGACACAGCCUGAAAGAGAAGCGGCGGACAAGCAGAAGUUGCCCGCUUUAUGUGAUGGAAAAAAUGAUCGGUCGCUACAGAACAGUGCAGCAGUAGCUCAGCUUAUCCCAACUCACGCUGAACCUUCUUGCAGCACUUUCGCCUUCCCUCCAAAGCCUUACGGAGACAACAACAACAACAACGUGAUGACAUCGCAACUCCCGUACCCCCGCGCUGCCGCCGGCCCCCACAGUUUGCAGUGGGGGCCGUCCGGCCGCCCUCGAAACGGCCCCAGCUCCUUUUACCCGGGGUCCCGGCCCAAGAAGUGUUUUUUCUGCUCGUACUGUGGUAAGAUGUUUGUGCGCGCCGGCCACCUGGAACGACACCUGCGCAUCCACACGGGCGAGAAGCCCUACGGAUGUCACAUCUGUGGACGAUGCUUCAACCAGAAGUCCAGUCUCAAGUGCCACAUGAAGACGCACAGGAAAGACAAGAACGAGGAAGUACAGACGCCACAUCCCCUCAUGUGUCCCAUACGCGACACUCGCCCGCAGGAAUCGGCGACCGAUCCUGAGCUCGGACAAGCGGCUUUGGGCGACACGCUGACCGGUCACGCGUACGGCGAGGCAAGAGAAAGCACCGCCUAUUUAGAAGCUGGUGAAUGGCGGGAUUACACCACCAACGGCGAGCUGCCCUACCUGGACGGCAAACUGGAUAUGCUGGAUCCAUUCACGCAGGUUGGAAUGGCAGCGCAAGAGGACGGGACCAUCCUGGACUUCGGUCUUCCAUCUUCGGACUCGACUCAGAACUGCUACAUCUGUUCCGCCUGCGGGCAAAGUUUCGACUCAUACCAUCUUUUCGAGAGGCACCAAUGCAAAAGCGAAACGUUGUUCAAGUGCGACGUCUGCGGCCAGGGCUUCGACUACGCAGACAAAUUGCAGCUGCACAUGAAAGCCCACCAGUAGGAAAAAUGAUUGACGUCUUUUUUUACGUCUCAUUUCCAUUUUUGCUGUGAAAAUUGUACAGGAUCUGGUGACGGAAACUGCACUGCACUUUCCAUCACGUCAUUGAACAAACGGUAGGAAAACAAGUACUGCAAUCACUCAUCUUGCUCAAUAAAAAAAAAAAAAAAAAAACUACAAAUAAUCCACAGUCAUAAAACCCCACAUCAAAUACAGCAAUUAUGUGUGAGUGUUUUUGGUGGGGUUCGGGGGGGGGGGCAAAUAACAUGUCCAUGAGACAACAGGUGGUCAAACUUGCUUGAGGGUGCCACCUUGCACGAUAGAUACCGAUAACGCUUAAUUAAUACCACUAAAAAAACUUUCCCACAAACAAAAUCUAAACUAUGGCUAAAGAAGCUUCAAAUUUACAGAAACUGCCACCUUGCACAAUACAAGCAGUGGACGUACCUACAUGUGUCUUAUUAAUGUAAUUUUUGCAGUCGUUGGUACCUUCCACUAUGGACAAUAGAAGUACACGUGACUACAAAUAACUCAGUUUGAAAAAAAAUAAAUCCACAUCCCUUCUAUCAAAUAUGGGGAGGGGGUCUCAACUGCAAUGCAUUCCUGUUACUUGACAUGGUACAGCUCGUGGAAUGCACCACCUUGCACAAUAAGAAUCAACAAUUCACUACAAAUAAUCUUACACGGUCACAAAAAAAAAAAAUCUAUACUCUAGCUCAGGGGUGUCAUUUUAGUAGUAGGCCGCAUUGUAGUUACGGUUUCCCUCGGAGGGCCGUUAAGACUGUGAAAUCAUAAAAAUCUUUAAUCACCUCAUCCUAUUUACACAAAUUUUAUGAACUAGUUUUGGAAUCAUAAAUCAAUGCGAAAGCAUUUUCAAUGAUUGUUGAUGCUUGUUAACACAAAAUGCUUGCAAUAUAUCAACGUUAUCGUUUAUGGUAUGACAAUUUGAAAUCAAGAAUCAUGGAAGUUGACACCGUUGGCCUUUGCGGGCCACAUAAAAUCAUGUGGUGGGCUGGAUCUGACCCCCGGCCCUUGAGUUUGACACCUGUGCUCGAGCUAAAUAAGGUUCAAAUUUACAGAAACUUAUUUUACUCAGCAUGUUGCAAAUUUUUCAACGCUGCCACCUUCAAAGUAGAAACAUUCUGAAUAACAAGGAAUCCGCAAAGGUACAAAGUUCCCGUCCGAUUAUACUGGGAUGUUGUGGAAAUUGUAAAUAAAAAAAACCAACAUGCAAUUAUUUGCAAAUCCUUUUAAUCAUUAUAUUCAAUUGAAUACAGUACAAAGACAAUAUAUUUAAUUGUCUUACGGAUGAACGUUGUUAUUUUUGCCAAUAUUCAUUCAUUCAUGAAUUUGAUGCUUGUGACACGUUCCAGAAAAGCUGGGACAGGGGCAUGUUUACCAGCGCGUACAUCACCUGCACAUUGUUUUGCAACACUCAAUAAGCAUUUCAGAACCGCGCAUCCUCAUUUUUUAAGCUUUUGUAGCUGUAAUUCUUUACCAUGUUUUGCUUGAUGUGUAACUUCAAUUGCUCAACAUUCUCCGUUGUCAUGUUUCGCGCUUACAAAUGUGCCACACUCCUUCAAUAGGAGACAGGUCUCUCUCGCUUUUUUUUUUUUUAAACAACGAAUUUGGACUGUUACAACACGCGCAGGGUGUUGCUCGGCAUUGUUUUGCUGAAAUGCAGUGUUGGUUUCCGGCCUUGCCGCUUAGAUGCAGAGAGUGAUCCAGAUUCCCUGAAUGUUUUAAUGAUAUUACGAACCCUAUGCGAUGAACUCUCUAAAUUCUUUGCAAUUGUACUUUGAGAAACGUUCUUAAAAUGUUGGCCUAUUUGCUCAAGCAGUUGAUCACAAAGUGGAAACGCUGCCCGUUUCAUGCUGAUGAGCAAGUGAGCUUUUCCCGGAUGUUCCUUUUUACACCCAAUCAUGACACUCAUCUGUUUGCAGUUAACUUGUUCACCUGUGGAAUGUUCUAAACAUGAUUUGCUUAGCAUUCCUCAACUUUCCAAGUUUUUUGUUCAGCCUGUGAGUUUUGUUUUUUUUUUUUUUUCCUUAGGGUGCGGGGGUGUUCCAGGCAUUAAAUUCAAAUAUGAUCAUUUUGGAAAAAAGCAAUGAAAUUAAUCAGUUUCCUUUUUUUCCAUGUGCUGUAUUCAAUUGGAUACACUCCAUGUUGAAAAGGAUUUGCAAAUCAUUGCAAUCUGGUUUUUAUUUACAUUUUACACUUUGUCCCAACUUCUUUGGGAUUGGGGUUAUUAAAUAAUAAUAAAAAAAUACAGCAUUCUUUUUCAGAAAUAGAGCUAACGAUACCGCCCAGCUACCUCAAAAGUUCAGCAUCGGUAAUAUUUAAAGAUAAAUGGUGUUCUUGCACUUUUUACAUGAUGGGUUGGGGCCCUACAAGAACUUAAAAUCAGUCCACUUUUUACCCCCAACAUAACAAACAAGUAGUCGAGGAAGUAUUUUCAUUUUGUCACAAAUUCAACUUGUAUUCAUUGUGGUCUUCCUGUGGUCACUCACACUGAAGGUUUUGCAGAAGUAGUAGUAUUUCAUUUAGUUGUGUGUAAUUGGGUGGAACGGUGAAGCGUCUGGCCCACAGUUCUGAGGACCGGGGUUCAAAUCCCGGCCCCGCUCAUGUGGAGUUUGCAUGUUAACCCCAUGCCUGCGUGGGUUUUCUCCGGGCACUCCGGUUUCCUCCCACAUCUCAGAAACAUGCAACAUUAAUUGGAUACUCUAAAUUGCCCUUCGGUGUGAUUGUAAGUCCGACUGUUGUCUGUUUCUAUGUGCCCUGCGAUUGCCUGGCAACCAGUUCAGGGUGUACCUUGCCACCUGCCCAAUGACAGCUGGGAUAGGCUCCGGCACUUCCGCGACCCUCAUGAGGAUAAGUGGCUCAGAAAAGGAAUGAAUAUGUGUAAUUGAGCCAUUUUUUUUAAGCCACUUUGUUUGAGGAGAUGUAUUAAAAUGCGAUUGCUACGCCAUACGUCUAACAAGGAGUAUGCAAUUGUUGUUGUGUUGUUUAUUUCAUGUUUUACUGUACAAAGUACAAAGCCAAAGCUGUGUUUUCCCCAGGUUUUUGUGAACAAUGAACUUGAAAUACUAUUUAGCUGGUUAGGGAAGGCUAAUACUAAUGCUUCCAUACAAAUGACUGCCGUUUCUUACAAGAACCACAAGCACCACUGAUUCCUUUUUUAACGAUGCUACAAUGUAUUAGCUUGUACUCUGUGCUCAUUUAUGAGGGUUUUUUGUUUGUUUGUUCUUUGUGGUCUUUUUAUAUGUAGACAAUUAAACGUGGAUUGCAUUUGUCAAGUGUGUCACCAAGUCUGGGAUUGUUAUGUGGAACUUUAUAAC